GGCAGUGGAGGGAGUGCUCGCCCGGCUGGAGAUGACAGACGCCCUGUCUCCUCGCGGUUGCCAACCGGCCGAGCCGGCGGAGGACAGCUACUUUCGGAAGGGAUGUAAUCCUCUUGCUGAGACUGGACGAAGCAAGCUGCAAAAUCAAAGAGCUGUCCUAAACCAACAGAUCUUAAGAGCAGUAAGAAUGAGAGCUGGUGCUGAAAACCUUUUAAGAGCAACCACCAAUAACAAAGUAAGAGAACAGGUACUACUGGAACUGAGUUUUGUAAACUCAGACCUGCAGAUCUUAAAGGAGGAAUUGGAAGGACUUAAUAUUUCAGUAGAAGUUUAUCAAAACUCAGAAGAAACGUUCAGCAUUCCCUUGGUACCUCUGGGCCUGAAGGAAACCAAAGAAGUAGACUUCACACUCCCCCUCAAGGACUUUAUUCUGGAACAUUAUAGUGAAGACAGUUCUGAGUAUGAAGACGAAAUAGCAGAUCUCAUGGAUCUGAGACAAGCCUGCCGCACUCCUAGCCGAGAUGAAGCUGGCAUUGAGAUGCUGAUAAGUUAUUUCCUUCAACUUGGUUAUGUAGAAAACAGAUUUUUCCCACCCACCAGGCACAUGGGAGUUUUAUUUACAUGGUACGAUUCCUUCACAGGUGUCCCAGUGUGUCAGCCAAACCUUUUACUUGAAAAAGCUAGCAUUUUGUUCAAUAUUGGAGCCCUCUACACCCAGAUUGGAACAAGAUGCAAUCGUCAGACCCAGGCUGGACUUGAAAACGCUGUGGAUGCUUUUCAGAGAGCUGCAGGAGUCCUGAGCUACUUGAAGGAGACAUUUACUCACACCCCAAGCUAUGAUAUGAGCCCAGCUAUGCUGAACGUACUAGUAAAAAUGAUGCUUGCACAAGCUCAAGAGUGUGUUUUUGAGCAAAUUGGUCUCCCUGGAAUACGCAACGAGUUUUUCACACUAGUGAAAAUGACACAGGAAGUUGCCAAGGUGGGAGAGGUUUACAUGCUAGUUAACACUGCAAUGAAUCAGGAGCCAGUGAAAGAAAAUAUCCCCUAUUCCUGGUCUAAACUGGCACAGAUAAAGUCAGACCACUACAAAGCUCUGGCACAUUACUUCAUUGCCACCAUUCUGUGUGACCAUGAAUUGCAGCCUGGUGAUGACGAAGAUCAGCAGGAGAAGGCCUUGUCCGAGAUGUAUGACUACAUGCCUGAUGGACUGUUGGUUCUCACCAUUUUAAAGGACAAAGUUCAGAGAAAACAACUGGGGAAAGCACACUUGCGCAAAGCCAUCAUUUACCACGAAGAAGCUCUGAGAGUCUGCGGUCUGUGCAAAAAGCUUCGAAACAUUGAUGUUCUUCAGGAGGUUCUGACAGCUGCACACAAGCGCUCACUUCUCAAAUAUGCUCAGCAAGAGACAGAAGAUGACUUUCUCAGUCUAAUCCAGGCUCCAGAUAUCCUCCCUAAAACAGAGCAUAAAAUAGAAACAAUUGCCCCCCAGUUAUCAAAGGUCAAAGUUAAAGACUUCUUUCACAGGCUGGGCCCACUGACAGUGUUCUCAGCCAAGCAGAGAUGGACAGCUCCACGUACCAUUCGUAUCCACCGUGAAGCAGAAGGGCUAGGAUUCAGCCUUAAAGGAGGUUCACCAGCACAAAUUUAUUGUCUUGAUCCAGCGUGUUCUGCAGCGUUAAUGGGCCUAAAAGAAGGUGACUACAUAGUUUCAGUUGGUGGUGUGGAUUGCAAGUGGCUCGGAGUGAAUGAGGUGCUGGAAAAAUUCAGAAGUGUGGGAGAGCAGCCCAUCGAGUUUGAGGUUAUCAGCUGCCAGGAUACAACGGCAUCUGUGCAUAGUAAGAGUGCAACUUACUCAGUGGGAAUGCAGAAGACAUACUCCCUAAUCUGUUUAGCCAUGGAAGAGGAUAAGAUUGAUCAGACGAAGAAAGCCCCACUGAAACUGCCUUUUCUAAGUUGGGGAACUAAAAAUAGACAGAAAGCUGCAAGCACACUCUGCCUGCCUUCAGCUGUGGCUGGAAGCUCUCAAGUUAAGAAGAAGCUUUCUCCCUUCACAAUUCUGAAUACAGAAAGCUCAUUGUAUUGAAUCUUUCAGAAGGAUCUUUUAACAUGAUGUGUUUCUUUUGAAUGUAUACAAAAAUGUUGAUCAACUUUAUUUCUAUAUAUAUACGUAUAAAUUCAGACAAAUGCCACUGACAAUUUACUGUGCAUUGAGCCACUGUGAAGGUCAGGGCCUGGCAAAAACUGUAAAACUUACGUACUGAAGGUUAGAAUGAAGUGGCUUGGGAGUUAUGCAAUAACAAGAUGUAGAUGAUGAAAUUGCUUAAGUGAGGACUGGAUUCCUUUGGAAUUUCAAAAUACAGUAUCAUGACUGAUUUUUUUUUUUUUAUAACGGAUAGAAGUUAUUUAUUAGAAACUGAUGCUGCAUGCAAAACAAACAUUAAAGGAUGAUUUUUCUGUAAAAGUUUAGAGUUAAUCACUUAACACUACUUUAAGAAUUAUCUUACAAACCACAGGCAAAAGACAAUAAUGUUAUUCAGAGAAACCAGUCUUGUGCCAAGAGGCAGUGUCAUGUAAUUGUGGGGUUUACACAGAGACAUUUGCUUGCUGUGAGUACUAGGUGUAGUGAACAGUUAAUUUGAUUCUGGAAGAGAAUUAGAAGGCUUAGAAGUCAGAAGAUCUUUUGAACUACAAAAGGCUUCUACUCUGCUCUUGUUCUGAUCCAGGCUACAUUUUAAAUGCCUGAUGAUUCAAUUGUUAAAAACAGGUUUUAUUCCAAACUUGAAAUUAUGCAACUAACUUACCUUAAGACUUGAAUCUCAUUAGUCUUGGUAAAAUUGAUAGCUGUGGAACAAAUGUUAAAGGUGAUAUAUUCUAGUAUGUUGAUCAAGAGUACAUAAACUGUGGGGAUAAAAAGAGUGCUUGAGUCUGAGUGGGAGAAUAUUUAUUUACUAUUGCACCAAGUAAAAAACCAAAUGGAUAUGAGUAAGCUUGGGCUAUAUAUAUUAAGGAGGGAGACAAAAAAUAACUGUGUGAGCAUUUCUCUGAGAUUCUUUUGUUUUCUGAACUUGCUAAUAAUUGAAGAUUGCUAACACUGUAGUGUUAGUUAAUAUUGCCAUCUACAGAGUAGAUAUAUGCUGUUUGAUACUCAAAACUUAAAGGGCAAGUUUUUAUCUGAGUGUAGACCUGAAAGUUGUCAUUCAUUUUUUAGUUUCUUAUGUAAUAGAUGUAAAUAUGUUGAUGAUACUUAUUUAAGAAUAAUAAAAAUCAGUUUAUGCCA